UCUUCGCGAAUGCUGAGUCGACAAGUGUCCAUUGUGGACCACACUCAGCCCACCGCGGUGCUGUCGAAUGAUAAGCCAAGCAAGCGGCUCCUGAGAACUGCCAAAAGUGUGAACGUGGGUGAAGAGGAGCGAGUGUUGGAGGCGCUGAUGAACUUGCUGUUGAAGCUGCCCAAGGAUUUUCUGAACUGGUUGCUGUACACGAAUGCGAAGCUUCCUAAGGAGCACGUGGCUGACCUCCUAGCGAAGAAUAAGCUGCGCGAAAGCACUUUCCAAUACUGGGCCAGGGCAGACAUCGAUGCGGCCAGACUGAAGAGUGCGUUGGGUAGAGACGCUAAUUCGAAGCAGCUCCUUCGAAUGAACGAACGCUUCUUAGGU